GCCCACACUUACCUAAUAUAAGACCAUGGAAUUUAUAGAAAGCAACAUUCAAAGAAUGGGAGUGAUCACUGUCAAGCAAAUAGCAGAUGAUCUUUUGGCCUGCAAUGUCAUGUCUUGUGAGGAAGUGAAUACCAUCACCUGUGAAAAGGUUGAAUAAGAAGCCUCAAGAAUGAUGAUUUACAUGAUUUUGAAUAAAGGUUCAGAAGCCUGCAAUAUUUUGGUUAAAUCGCUUCAGAAACACAACCCUUUUCUCUUUCAUGACCUGCAAGGAUAUUGUACUACCAGGCAAGUGGAACAAGAUAAAUUAAAUUACUUGAUUCAGAAUUUAAAGUAUGUGUAUCUGUCUUAAGCUUUUCAAAAAUACCAUCCUCUGGAUAGUGAUUUUGACACAAUUUUUGAUUUGGGAACUGCCUAUAGUGACAUCUUGCUGUGGCAAAAAGAUACACAUAAUAGCAGGAAAAGGCAGCUGACGUUAAAUGUCCUUCUGGAGGAAUUGAAAAAUCCCUGCACUAUAGAAGGAGAAGCUGGCAAAGGAAAAACAACUCUUCUAAAAAGAAUUGCUGUACUCUGGGUUUCUGAUAAUCGCUCUGCUUUGAAAAAAUUCCAAUUUGUUUUCUUUAUCAGCCUGACUAGCACAAGAGGUGGAAUAUAUGAGACUGUCUGUGAUCAGCUUCUUUUUGAACAAUACCCCAUCUGCAAACAAGAUUUCAUGAAAAUGCUACUAGUACAAAGACAAAUGGUUCUUUUCCUGUUAGAUGGAUAUGAUGAAUUCAAACCCCAAAACUGUCCAGAGAUAGAAGCAAUGAUUAAAGAAAACCACAAAUUUAAGAACGUGGUCAUUAUUGCUACCAGGACUGAGUCUAUCCAUAAAAUCAGACUUGGAUCACUGAUUGCUGAAAUAAGAAAUCUAUCGGAGGAGAGUUGCAAGAAGCUCAUUAAAAAUGCCUUGACAAGUAAGAUGGCUGAUGGUCUGUUAAACCAGCUUAAAGAGGCCCCUUCCAUGAAGAACCUUAUGAAGACUCCACUCUUUGUCAUCAUUGCUUGUGCCAUGCAGAUGGGUGAAAGUAGUUUCCAUCCAAGCACCCAGACUCUACUUUUCUCUACUUUGUAUGAUUUGAUGGUGGAGAAAAACAGGUACAAAACAAAAGAAAUAACAGGAAAUCGUAUUAUACUGAGCAUAAAUCAUUGUGGAGACUUAGCUUUAGAUGGAAUAUUUGAUCAAAGAUUUGAUUUUCAGUCUGAGGAUUUAGCUGACAUAAAAGAAGUCCUGCUACUUCAUUCAGGUCUUCUGAAUAAAUAUACAGCUCAGACUAAAGCCAACAUAACAUUCUUUCAUAAAUCAUUUCAGGACUACACUGCAGGCAGAAAAUUUUGCAAACUACUGACAUCCUGCCAAGAAGCAGGGGUGAAGAAAGGGUAUAGUUAUCUACAGAAAAUUAAUACUACUUCAGAUACUACUAAUACUUAUUUCAAUUUGCUCCUCUACACUUGUGGAUCCUCUCUAGAUGCCACUAGAAUAAUUGUGGACUUACUGAAAAGAAUUGAUCAGCAUAGAGAUAUUUCUCAACAGUUUUCAUUCAAGAAUCUGGCUUUGGAAAGCAAAUACACAAAAAAGUCAGAAAAUAUAAGAGAAAAGGAAGAUUUCAAUAAAACUGACAAGGAUAUCUUUGUGGACUGUGUCAUUAAUUUCUUUAAUGGAAGUUCCUCAAAAUCAGCAUUGAGCAGAAAUUUUGAAGAGGUUUUUUGUGAUAAAAGUAUUUACAUUAGUAGUCAAAAUAUCAUAAUUUAUUUCUCUGAUUUUUUUAGAUACUUACCAAAUUGUGUUAGUGUACUAGAACUGAUUAAUUUAGAUUUUUUUGGAAAUUACUCACCAAGUAAGGAAAUAGACAAUGAGAAUGUGGAAGAUCUUCAAAUCGGUUCACUUAAAAUUUACAUUCCGCAAACUGUCUCCUUAUCCUUCAACUGGAACCAGUGUCUCAGACAGUCUCUACCCAACCUUUUCCAUGGACUCAUUAUUUUAAUGGAGGAUACGCCUAUAAAAUUUCAGAUGAUACUGAGCUUGGAAGGCUUACAAGCCCUGUUGGAAUCUCAGAAUCUUUGUAAUUUGCCAAAACUGAAUAUACUUGAUUUGUCGGAAAAUUACUUAGAAAAGAAAGGAAAAUAUGCUAUCCACAGAUUAGUUGAUGGCUUAAAUGUCCUACCUGGGAUGAAAGUACUGGUGCUUCCCUGGAGAGAUGAUGUAAAGGUUUGCCUAACAAAAUUGUUAGAACUACUGGAAACAAUGCCACAACUGACAAAACCUGGAUUGAGGAAAUGGAGCCUCACUGAUGGGGAGGUAGGAAUACUAGGCAAAUUUUUUGAGAAAGAACACCUGAAGAACCUUCAGCACUUGGACUUGGCAAUGAAUUGUGUGACAAGCGAUGGCUGGCUUUCCUUCAUGCAGCCACUGAUCUCUCUCAGGUAGCUGGUAUCUGUAGAUUUCAGCAGCAAACAAGACUGGGUGCCUGCACCACUGUUAGUCUGCAAAUUAAGUCAGGUACUAACCACACUGAAUUCUUUAAAGGAGAUUAAAGUGACUGGAUGGAAGUUUGAUUGCCAUGACCUUGGACUUAUUAAUGGUGCAAAAGAAGUUGGUUGUUUUCUGAUACCCUUAGUUCCUGGUGUAGACAAGCCAGAAUGCAGUCUCCAGGCCCUCAUAGUCCACAAAUAUCCCAGGAGAGAACCAUGUACGCAAGGCAGCUCCAAACAUAGCAAAAGAAAACAGGAGUCCCUCGGCCACUUCUGUAAAAAGCAGUGGCCAACCAAAGACAGCAGACUCUUUUUUCCAGUCUGCCACUGGAAUGAAGGGACAGGAGCACCAGUUAGAGCUGCUUUUUCUCUUCUCUAGGCAGCGUUGAACCAUGGGUGCUUGUACGUCAUGAACCCAUUAACUAUGUUAUCUCCUCAAAAGCACUUGUACUUGUGA